GGGAGUGCAGCCGUCCUUCUUGGGGGUGAAGGGCAGGAUGGCAGCUGUUGUGGAGGCUGUGUGAAUCUCUCAGAACUAAACCCUUUGACAAUCACUUCUGCCCUCUGAAUAUUUUUAAAUUUAUUGUACAGUACUUCUGAUUUGCUUCUCUCCAACCUUAGCCUCUCUGUUAUCCCCUUCCUUGCAAUCUGCUAACAAACUAUCCUGCAGUUCUCCACACUGCACUUUGUUUCCUGCAGUAUUUUCUUAGUUUCUUUAAUUAUUAUUUUUUUAUUCUAUCCUGGCUUUCUCUGUUUUACCCCUGUUAAUGGCUACCCUCAGUAGUUAUGCUUGUGCACUAGUGGGUGUGUGCUCAGAGCUGUGCGCCCGUCUGGUGAGCAGUGUGUGUGUGAGACGGGGAUACCACCUAUGGCUGGCAGCACUGGUCAGCCUUACCCCUUUCUUGCAGGGUCUGAGUAACCCAAGGAGCAUCUUCUCAAACAGCAACAACUUCUUCAAUGUGAAGUUUGUGCACUGUUCCUGUGGAUGGACCUUUCUGCUCCUAUCUGGUUUUGUUCUUCUGGUGACAUUAGUACCUACAGGUCGUCCUCUCCUCUCGCUAUUGCACUUAACCAGGUUGGUAGUGGGUACAGCAAUGUGCCAGGGAAUGCCCCACCUCUUUCGGCUUCUUGAAGAUCUGACUGGUUCCUGUGAACAGCCUGUGCCACCGGGGACAUUGCUCCUUCUGAAAUUGGAAGACAGAAACAGUUGCCAGGCAGAGGGUCAUCAUUGGCAAGGUUAUCGUGUGUCACCUCAAACCUUCUCCCUAACAUUGUGCAGCCUGACACUAGCAGAAGAGCUGGCAGUCUUUGUACGCUACUUGCGGAGAGGAUAUCCAGCUGGCACACCCCUACGCCUGGUCUUCCUACUUAAUGCCAGUCUUCUUGGACUAUACAACAUGCUGAUAUUAUGCAAUGCUCUCUAUGCACCCAGCUAUACCCAAAGUGUGAUAGGAGCGGCAGCAGGCACUCUGUGCUGGUAUCUUACUUACCGUUGCUGGUACCGCACCCGCUACUCCCCUGGACCACCUGGACAUGGAAUUUUUCCUAAAACUGGAGGAAUCAAAUCCAAACUGAACUGAAGGCAGAGUUCUCAUGGACAUAAAAAUACAUAAUCUGCCCAUUUAAAAUUUUACAUGAUAUCCACUUCAUCACACUGAAAUAUCUAUGAUCUGGUGUUCUGCAAUGCUGCAAUGUAAUUUCAAUAGAUCACACCUGGCCUAUUCCUUGCCAGUGAGCAAUAAGAGGUAUUUGUUUGAUCUGUUCAGUGUAGAACUUGACACCUAUUCCAAAGACUAAAAUUAGGUGCACUUCUGAGGGUCUCAACUCUUUUGUUGGAUGUGAUAUUCAGUAAGAGGAGGUAAAAUGUUGUGCAGUGGGGACAAGCUAAGGCAUACCUCCCAACAUUUGUGGCUGAUGAAUGAGGGACACAGGAGAUUGAUAGGAGCCUGCCACCAUUUUGUGGGUGGAGCCAUGUUGGGAGGGCAGGGAUGAUGGGUGGUUAGUGGGCAGGAUUGUGGGUGUUUUUUGGGUGGUCUGUGGGUAUGUCAGGGCAGUUUGUGAGUGUUCCUGGGUGGGGCUAAGGGAAAAUCUGUAAAUAGAGACAUUUGGCUGUCUUAGAGGGACAGAGCUUGAAAUCAGGGACUGUCCCUCUCAAAUAGGGACAGUUGAGAGGUAAAUUGCUAAGGUACAAUGGUCCUAACAUGGAAGAGGGAAUGCGCCAGGUGAGGCUGAUAAUGGAUGACCGGACAAUUCUAAAUAUAUCUAAAAAAAAUGCAUUCAAAAAUAUGUUUAAGAAAGUCCCUAGAAUACUAGAAUAAGACUAUACUAACAGCUUAUGAUGUACAAACAUAUUGUAAAAAAAAAGAAGCAAUACUGAAUUUCAAUGUCAUGUGGCCUUCAUUUUAAAUUUUCUAUUCAACACAUUGGUGUUUAAUACCAUGUUACUUUUCUCUUGUUCUUGCAAGUAAUUCAAUAUAUUGCCCACAUGUGCAUAUCUAGAAAGGCAUCAUGUAUUAAACGUAUCAAAAUGCAUGUGCAUUUACAGCAGGGAUUGGUAAAUGAUACAUUAUUUAGCGUCUAAUCACAGCUCUUCAAGUCUUUGUGAUACAUCUUAGUUAAUAAUGUCCUUUUGAUCUCUAUGGCAAAAAAAGUGCUUAACCACAAUGCUACAGAACUAUGUGACAAGUCAUGAGACUCUUUCUAUGAUUCUGUGUUAAGAAACUAUUUAACCACCCUUCUUUAUGACUUUGCCUGGUAAAUGUGUUAAUUUUGUAUAUGUACAUCUUAGUACUUUAAUAUAAGGACUUCUGGUAAGACAAAUGGGCUUUAGCUGGAAUCGCGGUAAUAUGAGGCAGUUUGUGAAUAAAGCUCUGCAAACAGCAGUUUUCUAAUCGAAUCUUUAGCAUGUCAGCUAGAUAUUUUUUUUUAUUUAAAUGCCCAAUCAAAAUUUGGAACAUGAAGUGACGAUAAUUAUCAGGCCUUUGCAGAAGCACUUCUAAGGUGACUGAGAUAAUGUAAUCAUCCUAAAAUAGCCCUCCCUAUCACUUUGACUAUCAGUCCAUUAGUAUGCUUACCUCCCUUCUUUCUUUAGUGCUUGCCUUGCAUGUCACCUUUGCCUUUUCCUGCCUAUUUGUUUUUUUCCUUGGGGUGGUUACUAUGAUUUUACUGUUUCCCUCUAAUUUGGUUUAGAUGGCAUUUUUAUCCUUUUUUGUGUCUACCUAUCUUAUAUUUAAUCUUGAUUUCUUUCAUAUAGUUAGUGAGAGUCCAUUAUCCAUUACUCAUGGCAAUUACUCUUCUCUACCACUAGGAGGAGGCAAAGAUUCCCAAACCCCAAGAAUUAUAUAAAACCCCUCCCACUUCACACAUACCUCAGUCUUUACUUUGCCUUCACUGGUAGUGCUUGAAGAAUGAAGAUGUGCAUGUGAUCUUCGGAGAAAGGGGUUUUUAGCCUAUGUUGAGGCCCAGUUCCCCUCAGAGUACAAUGCUAUUUGGAGUAUGGUUUAUGAUUCUAUGGUUUCACCUCAUGGGAAAUCUUUCUUAAACCCUCUGUGAUUAGUCACAGGGAUGUGUCUUCUGCCUCCCUUUAUGGAUCUACAAUAUACUCCUAUUACAUAACUUCUGCUGAUAUGUUUCAUUGCUGGUUUGGCUGUCUGUUACUUGAUUGCUAGUUGAGAAGUGUCUAUUGGUAAGGGAUUGGAUUUUAUUCAAAUCUCUUCAUUGUUCCAAAGAGGAAAGGCAUUGUCAGACCAAUUUUGGAUCUAAAACUGAACAAAUUUGAAGAAUUCCAUCUUGCAGAACUAUCAGGACUAUUCAGCCUUUUUUUUCAGCAAGGUCAGUUUAUGUCCACAAUAGAUUUAAAGGAUACUUACCUUCAUGUUCCAGUUCACAGAGAACAUUACCAGUUCCUGAGGUUUGCUUUUCUGAACAAGCACUUUCAGUUUGCUUCUCUUUCAUUUAGUCUGGCUACAGCUCCAAGAAUAUUUUCCAAAGUUCUUGGUGCCCUUUUGUUUGUAAUCAGAGCUCAGGGUAUUGCAGUGUUUCCAUAACUGGACAAUAUCUUGGUUCAAGCUCCGUCCUUUCCUUUAGCAAAAUUUCACACCGACCAACUCUUGUUGUUUCUUCAAAAGCAUGGUUGGAGGAUCAGUUUUCCAAAGAUUUCUUUUGUUCCUUAGACAAAGGUUACUUUCCUAAUAGACUCAGUGUCCAUGAGUCUUUCUUUAACAGAGUAGAGACGGUUAAGAUUGGUAGUGUCAGCUUGUCUGAACCUUCAGUCUCUUUCGUUUCCUUCAGUGACUCUGUGUAUGGAAGUAUUAAGUCUCAAGAUUGCAGCUUCAGAUGCAGUCAUAUUUGCUCGAUUUCACAUGCGGCCUCUUCAGCUUUGUAUUCUGCGCCAAUGGUGCAGGGAUUAUACUCAGCUGUCUCAAAAUAUAUUUUUGGAUCCCAGUACAAGUGAGUCUCUAACUUGGUGGCUGGAUCAUCAGUUUAUUAUUCAGAGGGCUUUUUUGCUCAUCCUACCUAGACUGUGAUCAUUACAGAUGCAAGUUUCUCAGGUUUGGGAGUUGUUUGGGGGUCUCUGACAGCACAGGGGGUUUGGAAUCCUCGGGUGUCAAGGUCAACUUUUAUAUAUAAACCUCUCACAAAAAGGCACUAUUACCAUUUGUAAUAAGUAAAAGUAUUUACUGUAGUUAAUGUUUUCAGGGCUUCCCCCGUCCUCAGACUUACAUACACAUUCAAAAAGACUUUUAUGUGUUACCUUAUCCCAAGUGUAAUCCAGACUGUGUAGCGUUCCCCCUGCACAUGCGCAAGAGUCUGUACGGCAGCCCUGGAAGUUCAAAAUCAAAAACUCAAACCCCAAAGGACGGCACAACUGUCAAAGACUAUGGUUGGUUACAGGAGGGUGGCCUCCUUACGUGACUAUCUGAUGCGCCCGAUAAUAAACCCAGCUAUACCACUAAAACGUGGUUAAAUACCACAAAAAAUGGGUGCUUUUGUUGCAGUGGAUGCACCACAUUCAGUGGGAUGACCCAGAGCAAAUUUUUUACACAUCCCUGGAAAAAUAGAAAAUUUGAGAUUAAACAUAGGGUCACUUGCACGACCAAAUAUGUGGUUUAUAUGCUCCACUGUCCAUGUGGGAAAUUUUAUGUGGGUAAAACCCAGGAUGAUGCCCGCAGUAGAAUGGCUAACCACAGGUCGGCGAUUCAAGCAGCCAUAAAUUGUGGCAAAUCAGACCAACCUGUGGCCAGACAUUUUGUCCAAGGACAACACAAUGUUACUGUCCUUAGGUUCAUUAUUAUUGACCAAAUCCCUCUCUUUGGAGGGGGGGUGACAGGGGCAGGCUGUUGCUGCAGAGGGAAAUUCAGUGGAUUUAUAGAGUGGAAACUUUGGUACCUAAAUGGCUAAAUGUGCAUCUUGAUAUGCAGUGCUUUCUGUAAAUGAUUGAGUAAGUGAGUUUCUGAUGUCCAUUGAUACUGAUUGGACUUUUGAUUUUUAAUUCACUUAUCAAUGUUGAUAGCACCCCCAUAGGGUUGGAAUAGUAUUUGGUGUAAUUUGAUACCAGAUGCUGAUAAAGUGAUAAUCAAUGUAAAUAUGUAAAUAUAUCUUUGAGCAGUGAUAUUAGCUCUUUAUAUCUGAUAUUUCCAUUAUAUUACUCAUCUUCCACUGUGCUUUACUGUGUUAUAGGUUAGAAUAACAUAUAGCUCCUUUCACUCUCUGUAUAUCUAUGUCUUUUGUUCCAGCAGGAGGUGUCAUUUAAGGUUAGAAUAGUGUAUGGUGGUUUAUAAUCACUUAAGUGUGACUCAAUUAGAUCAGCAUGUUUUAACAGUUGUGUCUUUUAUCUUUUUGUAAUGGUUAAUAACAUAUUAAUAUGAGCGUUUAUGAGAUAUUCAUUAUUGUGCAUACUAUGAUGCUAGAAUGGGCUUGAUACCCCUUACUUGAGUUAUCGUUUUGUUAAUAACUGAGCUACUUAAUACAAGUAGGAUUUGGGGUCUUUAAUUGAGCUUGCAAGCCAUAUAUAUAGUUUUAUUAAGUCUGGUAUGGACACAUUAAAAAGCUUGAUUCAGUAUUCUUAUAUCUCUUUGGGUAAUUCCCUGCAGCAACUGACAUCUAAUUAGAUACCCUACGAACUGAAGAUUGCACAAAGAAUGUGGCACACAUUGGCUGACUAACUUCUACGAUGACACUAGCUACACAUGUGUUGGUUCAGGUUGUAAAUAGUCUUUGACAGUUGUGCCGUCCUUUGGGGUUUACUUUUAAUAAUGAACUUCCAGGGCUGCCGUACGGACUCAGCAGCAGGGGGAACUCAGCGCAGGGGGAACGCUACACAGUCUGGAUUACACUUCGGAUAAGGUAACACAUAAAGUCUGUUUUUUGUAUGUGUAUGUAAGUCUGAGGACGGGGGAAACUCCGAAAACGUUAACUACAGUAAAUACUUUUACUUAUUACAAACGGAGAGUGCCUAUUUUUGUGAGAGGUUUAAGUGCACCCCGGAGGUUGUUGAAAUGUCAUGUAAAUGCUGGAUCCACUUGGGACUAUAUAUAUAUAUAUAUAUAUAUAUAUAUAUAUAUAUAUAUAUAUAUAUAUAUAUAUAUAUAUAUAUAUAUAAACUUCAAAGAAAGAAGAGGCACUCACAGGACUUAAUGAACAUUAUUUUUAUUAUUAGUGAUUCAUCAAUAAAUGUUCAGUCAAAGUUUCGAUCCUCUUCUGUUGCUCUAUGUCAGUUACAGGACUGUAGCUGAUUUUCCCUUUUGUUUUUUUUCUUUCAUGUUUUUACAUGCAACUGAUUUUAAGAUUUUUUGUACCAAAUAAAGCUGUAUUUUUCAACUUUUAACAAUUUGACAUAUACUCUUUUCUUUUUCAUAUGGUCUGGAGAUGCGGAUUAGCAGAGUGUUUGUAUAUAUAUAUAUAUAUAUAUAUAUAUAUAUAUAUAAACUUCAAAGAAAGAAGAGGCACUCACAGGACUUAAUGAACAUUAUUUUUAUUAUUAGUGAUUCAUCAAUAAAUGUUCAGUCAACGUUUCGAUCCUCACAGGGACCUUUAUCAAGACUAUUAAGAUAUUGAGUACGAAACAGCCCCCUCAUGUAAACUAGAGUAUUUACAUGAUGAUUACAAAUAUUCCCUUUUAUGAGUUGGUAGAGCUGGGGGUACUCAGUACCGGUGAUUAACUCCACAAAAAAGCCCUGUAUAUAUAUAAAAUAUAUUACACACGCAAGUAAUCUAGCAAUUAGGGGCAGGGCUGAAUGAAGAAAGUAGUCACAUAGAAUACCAACCGCUAAUAAAGCCACGAAUAAAGAAGGCCAUUGCUAAAAUGAUCUGCUGCUUUACCUGCGUGACUCAUGCUGUCUCUCACUCCCUGACUGACAAAACUGCCCAUGAGAAGGAAGUUGAGAAUUGUAAUUUUUAAAUGUGGAAGAGACAGACAAGAGAAAGGGAUAGUGAAGAGAGAGAGGAGAAACUAAGGUCAGAAAAGGGACAGAGUGGAGGGAGAGAGAAGUGGGAGGAAGGGGGAGAGAGAAGAGAGAGAAGGGAUCAUGUAAAUAGAGAUAAAUAAAUUAGAGAGAGUAGAGAGAUAAUGAUGGGGGGAAAUGCAAAGAGAGGAGAGAGAGAAGAGAAUGGGCAUAGAGGGGAGAGAGGAGAGAGGAAAGGGGGAGAGAGAGAAAGAGAGUAGAGAGAAGGGGAAGUUAGACAAAGGGGUGUAAGAAGGGGAAAGGGAACAUGUGAGAGAGGGGGAGAGGCAGAUAAAGGGGAGGGAGAGGCAGAGGGAGACAGCAUGAUAGAGUGUAUAGUAGAGAGAGGGAAGAGUGAGCAGAAAAUGAAAGAGAAUAAAGGACACAAUGAGAUUUGUUUCCUCUCCUGUCAUUGCAAACAUGAAUACAGCACAUACUUCUUUAUGUGUUAAAAGAGCACACAAACACAUUACUUUACAUUUAAUGCAUAGACUGAUGAGCAACUCGUAAUUUUGGUAUAAUAAGAGCAAAUGGGUUAAAUAAACUGUUCUUGCUGUGAGCUUCAGGGACGGAGAUUGUGAGCACUUUGCCCAGGCCAGACAGCAGCACACAUAAAAUAAAUAUGCCAUUAACAAUAGCCAGACACUACUUAGGUCAGCAGCCCUCUGCCAUCUUAGCUCAAAACUUUUCUGUUAUGCUGCUCAGUGUUCUGCCUCAAUUGAGAGGCUGUCAGUGCCGUGCUCGGCCAGAAGGGAAAGGGAGUGCACUUGAAGCAGAGUAAGUGCAGACCGUGCAGUGCAGCUGUCCUGAGAGGAAGAUGAUGGGCAGCAGGGCCACUAUACCACCAAGCAAACAUUUGCCUGCCCCAGAUGUACUCACAUUUUCCCUAAUGCAACCUAGCAGCUUGAAGCCUCUCUUCUACUCCUGGGCUGUACUUGUUGUCAGAAGAAGUGCCGGUGGGGAAGGUAAAACUCAGCAGCAGCACCGUGUAUAAAGCAGCAUGGACCCAGCUCUGUUGCUAUUUCUCCUCCAUGGAAUUUUAUCCUAGUGUUAAGGGUUUUGCAGGUUCCUCCUUUUGAACCUAUGCAUAACUUGGACUUUAAACUACUUUCUUGGAAAGUGUUAUUUAUAUUGGCUAUAUCUUCUGCUAGAAGAGUUUUAGAAUUUACUGCUCUUUUUUGAGAGCAUCCUUAUCUGAUUUUUCAACAGGAUAAGGCUGUUUUACCCCUCUCAUUUAAUUUUUGCCUAUGGUUGUUUCUUCAGAGAACAUUGGUAGAGAGAUUGUUGUUCCUUCCUUUUAUCCUAAUCCUAAGAAUGCUUCUGAAAGAUCUUUGCAUUCUCUGGAUGUUGGUAGAGCAUUGAAAUAAUUUGUUGAUGCUACUAAGAAUUUUAGACAAACUUCUAGUUUGUUUAUUCUUAUUUCUGGGCCUAGGAAAGGUCAAAAGGCCUUUGCUAUUUCUUUAGCCUCUUGGUUAAAACUUUUGAUUCACAGAGCUUAUUUGGAGGUAGGUCAGCCUCCACUUCUGCAGAUUACUGCUCAUUCUACUUGGUCAGUUGCCACUUGUCUCAGUUUGAUGGUUAUGCCUGUUUUUAAAUGCAUUAUAAAAAAAUCAAAAACAUCUUUGGGGUUGUGGAUUUAUUUUCUCAGUGAGAAAGAUGUUUUUAAAUCCCUCCCUUUAUUGUUAUUACUCGUGGACUCCACAGCUUGGGUAUUAGUUUCCAUCAGUAAUGGAUCGUGAACUCUCACCACCUGUAUGAAAGAAAACAUAAUUUAUGCAAAUGUGAUUAAUUCAUUUAUUUCAUGGUGAUGAGAGUCCACAAGACCCAACCCUUUGUUUUUUUGCGGGGUUACAUUUUUUUGAGCACAUCUUUUUUCCCUGCUCUUUUUUUGUCUCUUAUUCCUUUUCUUACCUCACUUGCUUGGUGUUAGAUUGAGGUGUGUGUGAGGUAGGAGGGGUUUUAUAGGGCUCUUGGGGUUUGGGAAUUUUUGACUCCUUCUAGUGGUAGAGAAGAGUAAUUCCCAUGAGUAAUGGAUCGUGGACUCUCACCAACAUGAAAGAAAGGAAUUUAUCAGGUAAGCCUAAAUUAUGUUUUUUUCCCAUCUCUUUUCUCUGCUGACCUAUUUCUUCCCUGUUCUAGGUGCUGACUUUUUACCUUGCUCUGCCUAUAUACACGAUUUCUGUCUGUCUUCCAUUAUUUCUGCCUAUAUACUGCAUACUCACUUUACAUGCCUGUCUCCCCUCAUUGUUUCUCUUCUCAUUAAACUGAUUGUAUUCUCCCUUACCUUACAUGCUACUCUUUUUCUUGUUCUACCUCUCCUGUGCCCUGACUGUGACCUCUGUCGUUUCUACUUUAAAACUUUACAAUAAAUGUAGUGAUAGGCACCAAUAAACGAUUAUUUUAUAUCUUCUAA